GCUGGUGCUGAGCUUGAAAAUGUCGAAUCGGCGGCAGCAAUAUCCCAGGGGAGGGGCUUCAUGCAUCGGUGGGCUCUCUCCACCAGCUCCAUCGACUUUUUCAGUCGUCGCCGUCGUUCUCGUCGUCGUCGUCGUCGUCGUCGUCAUUGUGUCGUCGCCGCCGCCGGUCAUGGUCGACUAUACGCGCGUGAUGGCGGCCUACGCGCAGGCAAGCGCAGAGCAGAGGACUGAGGAGUACUACAGCACGGCAUCGCCACAUGUCCUCUCUUGGUUCAAUCCAAACGACACCACGCCGGGCAACUGGAACGGGACACACGUCGAGGGCAACAAGUCGCUCGACUACUCCGACUUCCUCUACCAGCAAAUCGUGGCCAACAACAUCGCCGUCGCUGCCCUCACACUCUACAUCUGGGAGUUUAUCACAACCCUCUACGACGAGGUGCAGCUGUACCGUCACCGCAAGCUGUCGUCGCCUCACGUCAUUCUCUUUGCCCUCAUCCGCUACGGCACCCUUCCCGCCCUCAUUCUGCCCACCUACUCGACUUGGCACAACUUUCAGAAUGACCCCGACGGCUGUCUGCAGCACCAGCAGCUGGCCAUUGCCGCCGUUCAGCUCAUCGUCGGCAUGGUCUUUGCCUGGCGCACAAUUGCCAUCUGGGGAAAGGACCGUCGCAUCGUCGUCCUCCUCGGCUUUCUCGUCGUUGCCCAGUUUUCCGCCUCCUUUGCCCUCCUCUGGUUCUCCGAGGAGAAGCGGCUGCCCAAUGGCGCAUGUAUGCCCGUCCCUUCGCCCUCUGGAUUCAACCCUCUGCCCUGGUUCUACCUCACCGCCAUGGCCUACGACGCCGUCACGAUUGGCCUCUCGACGUGGAAGCUCUGGCAAUUCUCUGCCCUGGGAAGGCCUCUGGAGCUGCAGCCGCGGACCAUUGACGCCUUUCGCGCACCAAUCAAGACGGCAAAGAAAGUCAGGGACCAGUGGGCCUCCUUUUCGCCGCUCCUCGAAAAGCUCAUGGGCAGCGGCCUUGUCUACUUUACCAUUGCCACGGCCUUCAACGCCUGCAACUUUGCACUUGAGAUCAAGCAGGACCUGCACGCCAAAUCGCUCGUCGCCCUCUAUGCGCCGCUGAUGUGCAUCCUGUGCCAGCGUAUCAUUCUCCUCGACGUGAAGGCCCUUUACGGUAGCAGCCACGACUCGGGCAGUCGGGAGCGGUCGCUCGUCGAGCGCGUCAUGCGCGACCACCGCAAGAGCUGGGAGGGAGAUGACCUGCCUGCGAAUCGUCCCUUUGCAUCCUCGACGCUUCGUCCGUCGUCGGAGCGACCGCUGGCCCCGACGUCGCCCUCGUCUUCUCCUUCGGAAAAGGAGACGGAGCAUACCGCAGUCGCCAUCGACGAACCCGUCGAUCCGAGCGCCGUCACGUUCGAAGGCAUGCUCGCUCACCCGCCCGCUGCUGCCGAUCAUCAGAGGAAGGCGCAGUUGCACUGGUGGAGCAGAAGAAGGGACAGCGCAUCAUCGCGCGAAGACGCACCAUCUCACUUGCCGUCGUCGACACAACAUCGCGCCGCGUCCUCGACGUCUUCCUCAUCGAGCCGGCCGCCGGUAGAGAUGACGGGCGAGCAGAAAGCGCUGGCGCUUCGCAUGGCCGGUCUCGACGACGGUAGCCAAGCGCAACCCAAUUAA